UGUUUUGCUCUAUAGAGUUGAAAGGGGUUAGCAUUGAUGGAGCUGUGAAAAGGCUGCAGCUGGUCUGAAUGAUCAGCACAGAGCCCAAAAGGAGAGCUGUGGCAUUUCUGACUUAAGAAGGGAAAAACCUAUGGCUCUGAAGAACAGCGCCCAUGACGCAAACAUCCUCUGUUCCAGUGCAACCUGUGCUGAUGAUGCAUCAGUCACUGUAGCUAAGCAUGAGUUAGCACAUGGAAUGCUAACAGAGUACGGCUAGCAUCUGAGAAUGUGGACAGUGAGGUUUACCUCCUUUCCCCCAGCCUCUGUGGGAAUUUAGCAUAUGGAUACCGUGAUCAUCCCUCAAGAUACAACUAGAUCUCUGGGGAGUUGCCAAAGGUCAAGACCAUCUGUACAGAAGCUUUAUGUCUCUGAAUUUCCUCCAAGUCAUACCUGGCCCUCCACAGACUCCAUGGUAUAAUGAUUCCAGUUGAGCUGAGCUGUCGCGGCUUCUCCUACUUGAUGCUGCCCCAUCGGAAUAUGCAAGAGGAGGUACCCUAUGUUAAUAGUGACCCACACGCCAAAGAGUGUUCCUACCCUCUGUUUGUCCCAGCCCACUGAUCUCAAGGCUUAAACAGUCUCCACAGAGGAGACUUUGCUGGAGUUGGAGGAGGGGUGAAGCAAUGCUGUGGAGACAUCCCUCCACCCUUCCCUCCCAAGCAGGGUGAAAAACACUGAGGCAAAGUUACCGUUAAAGGGGUGAACAAGGCACUAGGACCUAGGAGAAGUCUCAUCCACCCUGGCAGGAAUUUCUUGCUUGGAGCUCAGACAACAAAGGCAGAGUGAGACUGGUUUUCUUUCUCUCAGCAUCUCCACCCUACGAGCUGAAAACCGCUUCAGAUCUUUAGGGUUCACCAAACUAUGGAACUUGAUUUUGGACACUUUGACGAAAGAGAUAAGACGUCCAGAAACAUGCGAGGCUCACGUAUGAAUGGAUUGCCCAGCCCCACUCACAGUGCUCACUGUAGCUUCUACCGAACCAGGACCUUACAGGCACUGAGCAAUGAGAAGAAAGCAAAGAAGGUGCGUUUCUAUCGCAAUGGGGACCGCUACUUCAAGGGGAUUGUGUAUGCCGUGUCCUCCGACCGCUUCCGAAGCUUUGAUGCUUUGCUGGCUGACCUGACCCGUUCUCUGUCUGAUAACAUUAACCUGCCUCAGGGCGUUCGCUACAUCUACACCAUUGAUGGGACCAGAAAGAUUGGGAGCAUGGAUGAACUGGAAGAAGGGGAAAGCUAUGUCUGUUCAUCUGACAACUUCUUCAAGAAGGUGGAGUAUACCAAGAAUGUCAAUCCCAACUGGUCCGUCAAUGUGAAGACAUCGGCCAACCUGAAAGCACCUCAGUCUCUGGCCAGCAGCAACAGUGCCCAGGCAAGGGAGAACAAGGAUUUUGUGCGUCCCAAGCUGGUGACCAUCAUCCGCAGUGGGGUGAAGCCCCGAAAGGCUGUUCGCGUGCUCCUGAACAAGAAGACUGCACAUUCGUUUGAGCAAGUUCUCACUGAUAUCACUGAAGCUAUAAAACUGGAGACGGGUGUGGUCAAAAAGCUAUAUACCCUGGAUGGGAAACAGGCAAAGAAUGCAGCCAACCGUCUGAAUGAAACAGAUGUACUACCCCACUGUCUGAGCACCAGAGAGCUGCGUAUAUGCUCCAAAAGUUUUCCAAAAUAUAUAAAUAAUGUGAGCAGUUUGUACAGUAGGUUUGUUUAUUUGUUAGGUAACCAUAGCAGCAGCUCUCAAGGACUCCCUACAAGUAUUAGAACAAAUGUGGUGUUUUCCUAUUUUGUUCUCAGAUGAGCACUAGUCAGCGUAAAUUAAUUGGUGAGUUACACACUCAUCUGGCUAACUCUGUACUAGUAGGAAAAUGUAUGGGACAUGUGAUACCUUCAUGGGUAAAAGUAUAAAUAGUUAAUAUACAGUAGGGGCUCUGGGUCAGAAUUUUGUGGGUCAUUGAAAGCAGAACAUUUUGACUUAGCUCCAUAUGUUCUUAUUACACAAGUACAUUUUUUAAGUACCCCUCAUUUGCUAUGUUGUGGCUAACAGACCAUUGAAUAAGGUAUUUCUGCUGCUGCUGCUAUGGAAUCCCCUAAAGGAAUGUGUGCUAUAGAGCUUGGGGUGUUGGGACAGAUAGAUACUUCAUCUAGGAAAGCUCUUUGGUUAAAGUCACAGAUGCCAGUGGCUCUUGGAAUUGGGGUAACCUUUUUAUUUUUUCCUCUGUCUCUAUUUUCUCACUUUUCUGAGUGGGGAAGUA